AUGGUCACCGUCUCCAAAGCCGACAAUGAUGCCCUUGAGGCACAGUUCGAGUCGCAAUUCCAAAAGCCCGGCGAUCUUGUGGAGCGUGAUGAUGACACCGGUGCGAUGUCAAUUGAAUCACUCUGCAUGAACUGCCACGAGCAAGGAGUCACGCGCUUGCUCUUGCUUCGAGUCCCUUACUUCAGAGACAUUAUCCUGGAGAGUUUCGAAUGUGAACAUUGCCACUUUAAAAACAACUCGAUCAAAUCCGCCGGCCAGAUUCAGGAGCGUGGAACAGUCUACACUUUGAGGGUCGAGAAUGAGGAGGAUCUUCAGCGCCAAGUCAUCCGGAGUGAUGUUUCAGGAUUCAAACUUACCACUAAGGAAGGCAAAGAGAUUGAAGUUCCCAAGGGAACAGGCCAGCUGACCAAUGUGGAAGGCAUGGUUCAACUCAUUCAUGAAAAUUUGUCAGGAGAGCAAGAUCUCCGUAAGGAGCAAGCUCCUGAACUUUACAAUGCCCUUGUGCCUGUUAUCGCCAGUCUUGAGAAGAUCAUGAAACGCGAGGACGCUUUCCCCUUCACCAUCACGCUAGAUGACCUCACUGGAAAUUCGUGGAUUGCACCUAACGCCAAUGAUCGUGGCAACAAGUACAAGCGCCAUGAAUACCCGCGUACCCACGAACAGAACGAGGAGUUGGGAAUCUCCGCUGACGAAAACGCUGUCAACAAAGAAGACACAGCUGAAGUGGGCGCCGGCGACCCAGAUGAUCUCGAUAUCGUUGAUGGCCAGGUCUACAGCAUCCCUGCCGAGUGCCCCGGCUGUAAUAAGCAAGCCGAGGUGAACAUUAAGAAAGUCAACAUUCCUUACUUCAAGGAAGUCCUGCUGUUCGGCACGAACUGUGAUCACUGCGGCUACAAAUCUUCCGCAAUUAAGACCGGUGGCGAGGUACCCGAGAAGGGCAGACGUAUCACUCUCGAAGUGAAGAACGAGGUUGAUCUCUCGCGCGACAUUCUCAAGAGUGACAGCGCAGGACUUUACAGUCCCGAACUCGACCUAGACGUUCAGCCAGGAACGCUCGGUGGACGUUUCACCACCGUUGAAGGAUUACUAGUUGAGAUCCGGGAUCAGUUAAAGGGUGCCAUUUUCGAUGUUGACGAUUCCGCACACUCCGGAGGUGACAGCAUGGUCUCUUCCGAUAAGGAUAAAUGGCAAAGAUUCUUCAGUCGUCUCGACCAGGCUAUCAACGGCGAGCUCAAAUUCACUAUUACUUUGCAAGACCCGAUGGCCUCGUCUUACGUCCAAGACCUUUGCAGUCCAGCUGCCGACCCUCAGAUCACCAUUGAGGACUACACCCGCUCUGCCGAAGAGGAAGAUGAUCUAGGUCUGACACACAUGAAGACCGAGGGUUAUGAGGAGGCUGAGGCCGAAGCCGCCAAGGCUAAGGCCGAUGCCGCCAAGGCCGAUGCCACCACGACCGAUGCUACUCAGAAAGAGUAG